CCAUCGGCCGACGCUCACGUUCAGAGCAUGCCCGCUUGCCCGCCGCGUCUCAGCUCUGAAGAGAAGCAACGAAAGACGUGCCGUUUGCUCACAGCUGCCCUUCGUGGCUCCUUCUUUUCCAGUCAGCACUGUCCCCUAUAACGACCGUCACCGUGGAAUGGAUUGCUCCGUUUGAUCGGAGAGAUGUUGUUCUGGAGGCUUAUAGCUUUUCCUCUCCAUCAGCUCACCCCCCGUGCUCUUAUCUCACGCUGCGUGCAAUAGCGUCUUGUCAGGACAGACAGUGCAGAGAAAGUAUGCAAUAAACAAAUGACAAGUAGCUCAGGACUGUUCGAUUGGAGCGAAGGGAAAAGUUCUAGUUGAAGAAGGAGGAUUAUGCCCAGCGUAACUGAAAGGGAAAAAAAGGUGACUGAAGUGGAGAUUGACAUUACGGAGGCCCGCUAGGAGGCCCCUCCAUCUCCCCCACCACCUCCUCCUCUUCCUUCACUUCCAUCUCUUCUCCUUGCAUCCCUACCCCCAACUAAACCUCAACAUGGAUCUGAAGGAUCGGAGGAACCGCUCCCUGACCAGGGGUCGCUGCUCCAAAGACUCCCAGUACAACACCUCGUCGCUGGACACAGAUGAGUGCCGUGUGCCUACCCAGAAGUCCUACAGCUCCAGCGAGACGCUCAAGGCCUUCGACCAUGAGCAGAGGCUGCACUAUGGCGGCUGUGUGACUGAUCUUGUCCACCACGAGGCUGAUGAGUACUCCAGGCAAGGUCGCCCACUCCCUCCAACCUCUUCCUCCUCCCUGCUCCCUCCGUCCCUCCCGUCCUCCUCGUCCGCCCCCCCACCGGAAUGCCAGGUGCCCCUGCUGGAGAAAAACUCCCCCCACUCCCACCUGGAGCCUCACCCCGAGGACUCAUACUUGCUCCGGUCCCAGGCCUCGUCCGCGGGGGCUGCCAACCACCACAGCCAAUCCACACUACGGCCUCCACUGCCCCCUCCGCACAACCACCACACCUUAUCCCACCAGUCUGCAAAUAGCCUGAACAGAAACACUCUGAGAGGGGGACGCAACCCCAUCCAUGCCCCGGUUCCGGGUCCUGGAGACGGGCCCACCACCCCCGAGUCUGUUCAGCUGCAAGACAGCUGGGUGCUCAACAGUAACGUCCCACUGGAGACCAGGCACUUCUUGUUCAAGACGUCGUCAGGGACCACGCCCCUCUUCAGUAGCUCCUCCCCUGGUUACCCUCUGACCUCGGGAACCGUGUAUUCUCCGCCCCCUCGCCUGCUACCCAGAAACACCUUCUCUCGCUCAGCCUUCAAGCUAAAGAAGCCGUCCAAGUACUGCAGCUGGAAAUGUGCCGCGGUGUCAGCCAUCGCAGCUGCUGCCUUGCUGGCCAUCCUACUGUCUUACUUCAUCGCCAUCAACGUGCUGGGUCUGACAUGGCAGCUGAAGCCCUCCGACGGCCCUGUGUUAAACAACGGACUGGGAGCUGGCCUGCCUGUCAACAGCGAUGUGGCCACGCUGCCCUCUGGAGGCAGAGGUUCGUGGGCAGGCCGGAACAGCAGUAUAGACACGGGCACCAUCGAGGUCGGGAGGCGAGUGACCCAGGAAGUCCCACCGGGCGUGUUUUGGAGGUCUCUGCUCCACCUCAGCCAACCCCAAUUCCUCAAGUUCAACAUCUCCCUCGGAAAGGAUGCCCUCUUCGGAGUGUACAUCCGCAAGGGCCUGCCUCCCUCACACGCACAGUAUGACUAUAUGGAGCGCCUGGACGGGAAGGAGAAGUGGAGCGUGGUGGAGUCUCCGCGUGAGAGGAGGAGCAUCCAGACGGUGGUCCUCAACGAGGCGGUGUUUGUCCAGUACCUGGACACCGGCGCCUGGCACCUGGCCUUCUACAACGACGGCCGGGAGAGAGAGACGGUUUCCUUCAGCACAAACAUCAUGGAUUCAGUGCAAGAGUGCCCGCGCAAUUGCCAUGGUAACGGAGAGUGUAAUUCUGGCGUGUGCCACUGCUUCCCAGGAUUCCACGGGAUGGACUGCUCCAAAGCGGCGUGCCCGGUGCUAUGCAGCGGCAACGGUCAAUACGACAAGGGCUCCUGUGUGUGUUACAGCGGCUGGAAGGGCCCCGAGUGUGACGUCCCCUUCACGCAGUGCAUUGAUCCCCUCUGCAGCAGCCACGGCUCCUGCACCGACGGCAACUGUGUGUGUUCCAUCGGCUACAAAGGACAGAGCUGUUCCCAGGUGGAUUGCCUGGAUCCGACAUGUUCCAACAAUGGCAUCUGUGUGAAUGGGGAAUGCCACUGUAAGCCGGGCUGGGGGGGGCUUCACUGCGAGCUGCCCAGGGCCCAAUGCCCAGACCAGUGCCACGGACACGGGGCCUUCAUACCGGACACCGGGCUCUGCAGCUGUGACCCUAACUGGAUGGGACCCGACUGCUCUAUGGAGGUGUGCUCAGUGGACUGUGGCACUCACGGAGUGUGUAUGGGCGGAGCUUGUCGCUGUGAGGAGGGCUGGACGGGCGCGAGCUGCGACCAGCGUGUGUGCAACCCGGUCUGCAUCAAACACGGAACCUGCAAGGACGGCAAGUGCCAGUGUCACCAGGGCUGGAACGGAGAGCACUGCACCAUCGACGGCUGUCCUAACUUGUGUAACGGGAACGGCCAGUGCACCAUGGGACAGCAGAGUUGGCACUGUGAAUGCCAGACAGGCUGGAGGGGCCCAGGAUGCAGUGUUGCCAUGGAGACCUCCUGCGCCGACAACAAAGACAACGAAGGAGAUGGACUCACAGACUGCAUGGACCCAGACUGCUGCAUCCAGAGUCCCCUGCCAGAACAGCCCGCUUGUGCCGCGGGCUCCCGGGACCCCCUCCUGGUCAUCCAGCAGAACCCCCUGUCCCAGCCACGCGUCCGCUCCUUCUACGACCGCGUCAAGAUGCUCGUGGGACGGGACAGCACCCAUAUCCUCCCUGGGGAAAAACCCUUUCAUCCAGUUUUGGCAUCUCUGAUCCGGGGUCAGGUGUUGACUACAGAUGGAACCCCUCUGGUGGGGGUGAACGUAUCUUUUGUCAACUAUCCCCACUACGGAUACACGCUGACACGGCAGGAUGGAAUGUUUGACCUGAUAGCUAACGGUGGUGCGUCACUGACUCUGCGGUUCGAGCGCGCCCCCUUCCUGAGCCAGGAGCGCACCGUGUGGCUGCCCUGGAGCCAGUUUUAUGCUAUGGACACUCUGGUGCUUAAGACAGAAGAGAACACGAUCCCGGGCUGUGACCUGAGCGGCUUCGUCAGGCCUGACCCUCUUGUGAUUGCAUCCCCUCUCUCCUCCUUCUUCAGCUCCAAGCCAGGGGAGAAACCCAUCAUACCGGAGACACAGGUGCUGCAUGAGCUGAUCGAGGUGCCCGGCUCGAGUCUAAAGCUGUGCUACCUAAGCUCCAGGACUCAGGGUUACCGCUCCCUGCUCAAGGUGACCAUGACCCCAGCGGUGGUGUCCAUGGGCCUGCUGAAGGUUCACCUCAUGGUAGCAGUGGAGGGCCAUCUUUUCCAGAAGUGGUUCCAUGCCUCGCCCAAUUUGGCCUACACCUACAUUUGGGAUAAGACCGACGCAUAUGGGCAGAGGGUCUACGGGCUAUCUCAAGCUGUUGUGUCUGUGGGCUAUGAAUACGAGUCCUGUGCCAAUCUCAUCCUCUGGGAGAAGAGGACAGCCCUUCUGCAAGGCUACGAACUGGAUCCCACCAGUCUGGGCGGCUGGUCACUCGACAAGCAUCAUAUACUCAACACACGCAGUGGCGUCCUUCACAAGGGAAGUGGUGAGAACAUCUUCGUGACCGAGCAGCCCCCGGUGGUCCUCAGCAUCAUGGGAAACGGACGGAGGCGCAGUAUCUCUUGCCCCAGCUGUAACGGCCUGGCAGACGGCAACAAGCUGCUGGCACCGGUCGCCUUGGCAAUGGGCACCGAUGGUAGCAUAUAUGUCGGGGAUCUCAACUUUGUGCGAAGGGUCUACCCAUCUAUGAACACAACUGGCAUCCUGGAAUUAAGGAACAAAGAUUUCAGACACAGUAACAACCCGACCCAUAAGUACUUCCUGGCAGUGGAUCCAGUAUCUGGGGCUUUGUUCAUCUCGGACACUAACUCGCGCAGAAUUUACCGCGUGCGCUCAUUAACGGGAGGCCGCCUGCUGUCGGACAAUGCAGAGGUGGUUGCUGGGACCGGGGAGCAGUGCCUGCCUUUUGAUGAGCGCUGCGGGGAUGGAGGCAAAGCCACUGAAGCUACACUUAUGAGCCCCAAAGGUAUUGCUGUGGAUAAAAACGGGCUGAUGUACUUCGUGGAUGCCACCAUGAUCCGGAAGGUGGAUCAGAACGGCAUCAUCUCCACUUUGCUGGGGGCCAACGAUCUGACUGCCGUGCGGCCGCUGAGCUGUGACUCCAGCAUGGACGUCAGCCAGGUGCGUCUCGAGUGGCCCACGGACCUUGCAGUGAACCCCAUGGACAACUCUCUCUAUAUCCUGGAAAACAAUGUCGUCCUACGCAUCACUGAGAACCACCAGGUGAGCAUCAUCGCAGGUCGGCCCAUGCAUUGCCAAGUGCCGGGUAUCGACUACAGCCUCAGUAAGCUGGCCAUACACGCGGCCCUGGAGAGCGCCACCGCCAUCGCCCUGUCACACACCGGCAUCCUGUACAUCGCCGAGACGGAUGAGAAAAAGAUCAACAGAGUUAGACAGGUGAGCACCAAUGGAGAAAUCUCUCUCCUGGCUGGCGUCGCCUCCGACUGCGACUGCAAGAAUGAUGUCAACUGCAACUGUUUCUACGGCGAUGACGGCUACGCCCCAGAUGCCGGCUUGAACUCGCCUACAUCCUUGGCCGUGUCCCCUGAUGGGACCCUUUUCAUCGCAGACCUCAACAACAUUCGCAUCAGGGCCGUGCGAGCCAACAGGCCGGCUGCGCAGUAUGAGGUCGCAUCGCCAAGGGAACAGGAGCUGUAUGUCUUCAAUGGGGAGGGGCUUCACAUCCAGACAAUCAGCUUAGUGACUGGUGAGACUUUAACAACUUCACCUAUGGCUCCUGACGGAGAGCUGGCCACACUGGUGGAUAACUGCAACAACACAGUGAAGGUGAGGAGGGACGGCCAGGGCCAGGGAGGGGGGGCCGGCCUGCUCCGACUGGUGCUGCUCCCAGAGAAUCAGGUGGUGAUGCUGGGACUGGACCCCACCGGAGGGCUGCGGAGCGUGUCAGCCAUGGGCCAGGAAGUGGCUCUGAUGGGCUACCAGUGGCAACACGGGCCUCCUGGCUACAAAGCUGAUGAGACUGGAUGGACCACAUUUUACCAGUACGACAGCGAGGGCCGCCUGACCAACGUCACGUACCCCACGGGCAUGGUGACGAGCCUCCACCGUGAGAUUGAGCGCUCCAUCAACAUCGACAUCGAGAGCUCCAGCAGAGACGACGAUGUCACCGUCAUCACCAACCUGUCCUCCGUCGAAGCCUCGUACACCGUGGUCCAAGACCAGGUGAGGAACAGCUACCAGCUGUGCAACAAUGGGACCUUGAGAGUGAUGUACGCCAAUGGUAUGGGCAUCAGCUUUCACACCGAGCCCCACCUCCUGGCAGGCUCCGUCAGCCCUACGAUUGGCCGCAGGAACAUCACCCUGCCCACUGACAACGGCCUCAACUCCAUUGAAUGGCGUCUGCGCAAGGAGCAGACCAAGGGCAGGGUCACCGUGUUCGGGAGGAAGCUCAGAGCUCAUGGUCGCAAUCUUCUAUCUAUCGACUUUGACCGCAACACGCGCACAGAGAAGAUUUACGAUGACCACCGGAAGUUCACGCUGCGCAUCAUGUAUGACGCUCAGGGCCGGCCAGCCAUGUGGUUGCCCAGCAGCAGCCUGGCGGUGGUCAAUGUGUCCUAUUCUACCACUGGACAGCUGGUCGGGCUGCAGAGGGGGAGCAUGAGCGAGAAGACCGAGUUUGACCCCCAGGGACGCAUCCUGUCUCGCUUCUUUCGUAGAUGGAAGGUGUGGAGCUACAGCUACCUUGACAAAUCCAUGGUGCUGCUGCUGCAGAGCCAGAGACAGUACGUCUUUGAGUUUGACCGCCUCGGUCGUGUCACAGCGGUCACCAUGCCCAGCGUGGCCCGCCACACCAUGUUCACACACGUGUCAGUGGGCUCAUCCGCAACCUACAACCCUCCAGAGAGCAACGCCUCCAUCAUCCACGACUUCAGUGAGGACGGCCGACCUCAGGCCCACGCACUCAUGGGCACCGGCCGCCGCGUCCUCUACAAGUACGGCAAGCUGGCCAAGCUGUCCGAGAUCGUGUACGACAGCACUGCCGUCACUUUCGGCUACGACGAGACGGCCGGCGUGCUGAAGAUGGUCAACCUGCAAAGCGGGGGCUUCUCUUGCACCAUCCGUUAUCGCAAAAUGGGCCCGCUCAUCGACAAGCAGAUCUACCGCUUCAGCGAGGAGAAGGUCAACGCCAGGUUCGACUACACCUACCACGACAACGGCUUCCGCAUCGCCAGCAUGAAGCCAGUCAUCAGUGAGACGCCACUUCCUGUUGACCUAUACCGAUACGACGAGAUCUCUGGAAAGGUGGAGCACUUUGGAAAGUUUGGGGUCAUUUACUACGACAUUAAUCAAAUCAUCACCACUGCCGUUAUGACGCUGAGCAAGCAUUUUGACACCCACGGUCGCAUCAAGGAGGUCCAGUACGAGAUCUUCCGCUCGCUGAUGUACUGGAUGACGGUUUUGCAGUAUCAGUAUGAUAGCAUGGGACGGGUGGUGAAGAGGAGAACUCAAAUCGGGCCCUACGCCAACACCACUCAGUACCGCUAUGAUUAUGAUGGAGACGGACAGCUCAGCGGCGUCAAGGUGAAUGACUGGUCCACCUGGCGCUACAGCUACGACCUGAACGGUAACCUCCAUCUGCUGAACCCCGGGAACAGCGCGCCGCAUCCUGCCCGCCUCCGCUACGACCUCCGAGACCGCAUCACGCGCCUGGGAGACGUCCAGUACCGCGUGGAUGAAGACGGCUACCUCAGCCAGCGCGGCUCAGACGUCUUUGACUACACUCCAAAGGUCAGGCUGCUGAGGGCCUACAAUCGGGGCCCCGGAGGCUGGAGCGUGGUGUAUCACUACGAUGGGCUGGGUCGCAGGGUGUCCACCAGGAACAGCCUGGGGCAGCACCUGCAGUUCUUCUAUGCUAACCUCAACCACCCCACCAGGGUCACACACAUCUUCAACCACUCCAGCUCGGAGAUCUCAUCACUCUACUAUGACCUGCAGGGACAUUUGUUUGCCAUGGAGGUGAGCAGUGGAGAGGAAUACUACAUAGCUUCUGACAACACUGGCACACCGCUGGCAGUCUUCAGCAGCAAUGGGCAAAUGAUCAAACAGGUGCAGUACACAGCCUACGGAGAAGUGUACCUGGAUUCGAACCCGGAAUUCCAGCUGGUGGUGGGUUUCCACGGCGGUCUCUACGACCCUCUGACUAAGCUGGUCCACUUCACCCAGCGGGACUACGACGUGUUGGCCGGGCGCUGGACCUCGCCCGAUUACAGCAUCUGGCCCAAGAUAGGGAAGGAUCCCGCUCCGUUCAAUUUGUACAUGUUCAAGAACAACAACCCCCUCAGUGACAUGCUGGAUGUCAAAAAUUAUGUCACAGAUGUGAAGAGCUGGCUGGUGAUGUUUGGCUUCCAGCUCAGCAACAUAAUCCCAGGGUUCCGACACUCACUCUACUUUGUGGAGCCGCCCUACGAGUGCAGGGCCACCCAGCACUGUGAGAACGGACAGCUCAUCACGGGUGUGCAGCAGGCAGCGGAGCGUCACAACCAGGCUUUCAUGGCCCUGGAGGGUCGUCUCCUCAACAAGGAACGGAGAAGACGCAAGGACAAGCCGGGUCACUGGUUCGGCACCAGCACCCCAAUAAGCCGAGGGGUGAUGCUGGCUCUGAAGGAAGGCCUGGUGGUGGCCGGCGUGUCCGCUCUGGCCAGUGACGACAGCCGUAAAGUGGCUCUGGUGCUCAAUGGCGCUCAGUACCUGGAAGGCACCCACUACACCCUGGACGCCAAGGACUGCCACUACUUUGUGAAGGUCGGCUCUGCGGACAGUGACCUGUUAGCUUUGGGGCUAACUAACGGGCGGAAAUCACUGGAGAGCGGCAUCAAUGUGACAGUGAGCGGCCGGUCGAGGAGAGGUGUGACUGUGGAGUUUCCGUUCCCCUCGUUAGUACUGAGCGUUCGGUAUGGGCUUGCUGCGGACGUGGUGGACGAAGAGAAGGUAAGACUGUUGGAGCUGGCCAGGCAGAGAGCCCUGGCUGGGGCCUGGGCCAAGGAGCAGCAGAGGGCCAGGGACGGGAAGGGGGGCAGUCGCCUCUGGACGGAGGGGGAGAGACAGCAGCUCCUAACAACGGGCAGAGUACAGGGCUACGAUGGAUACUAUGUACUGCCUGUGGAGCAGUACCCAGAACUGGCUGACAGCAGCAACAACAUCCAGUUCCUCAGACAGAACGAGAUGGGCAAGAGGUAACAGCCCAUCAGACUCUCCCUCUCUCUCCCACCUUUCACUCUCUAGAUCCUGCUCCUUUUUCCUACCCAGCCUCCUCGGACCCCUCUCCUCUCGAAACCCACGGAGAAUUAACCAACAAAAGGGGUUAUUAUGGAACGCUGCAGGGACUUUUGAAAAGAAUGAAAGAUAUUAUUGUUGAUUUUCUACUGCCACAGGCAAAACAUUUAAAGUUUAGUCAAAUGUUUUUUUUGUUGUUUUUUGGAAAAAAACUUUGAACAACUGAAAAAGCACUGAAGAACUUUGAGAACCGUUGCUUAAUGAAUAAGAAGAUUCCCCUUUUUAAAAAAGAUAGUGAUAUUUUCGCCCAUAUUUUUCUGGGUCACACCGAGAGCGGCGGCCAUGACAGCUACUGAGCACGCGGUGGAGUUGUACUGCGCUGGAUUCUGCGGCGAACGCUUUUCUGUCUCUAAUAUACACUGAACGCAAGGGACCAAAGUGGAGACAAGGCCACUCCAGAGUUCAGCCAUUACAAACUACACAUCAAAGGAGACGUCAUUAAACCGCGACACACAAAGGAAAUGUUAAAGGUCGUCCAAUACUAUGAGUCGUCUCCCUGUCAUCAGGCCUCCCAUCGUCCACCACGGACCAGUCCUCUGCUGCUGAGUCAGCGCACAUCCAACCAAGCAACACACAAGCUAACGGCAUCCUUCAACAAAACCAAGCUGUUAAUGGACUCGAAAACACUUUUUAAAAAAACAAAGUAAAAAAAGUGAUGGCUAUAUUUGUGAACAGUGUAUCACACAGCAUUGUUUAUUUUAAAAUGGGGUGAAGAAUCAUAUUACUACAUAUGUGUCCGACUUCACUAAAUUUCAGGAUGUUGCGUAUAUCGUAGAUUGCCGUAGUUUUGUACGUUUCAGUCGCGGGUAGAAUUGUGAGACUUUCACCAAGGCACUUCUGUACAGAAUGAUCAAACACACCACUCACAGAGUCCGGAAAAAACAUGCUAAGUUAGUAUUUAUUUUAUUCUUUUUUAUUUAUUUAUUCUUAGUACUAUAUGACAAUCAUGAAUGAGUCACCAGUUCUAUUCCAAAUGAACAUUAAUGGAUGAGUUUAUUUUCUUUUGUAAAAUAUGUAAGAAAUUUUGUUUUUAUAUUAAUUUCAGUUUGCUGCCGGGGCAAAUAAUAGUCACUCUCAAAAAGAAUAAUUUAUGUAAUAAAGUGUUUAAAAAAAAAAGAAGCGGUUUAUACUUUAAAUAAAGUCUUAAAACUGUGAAAUCUGUUUUUUCGAGCUAUAUUUCGAUGUACAGUGUAUAGACCUACCUUUAUGCAGCACAGUAGAAUAUUGUCCAGAAUAUCAAGUUUUAUAUUUCUAAGAGGAAGUGGCUUGUAAUGUGCAAAAUCUUUAGCUGGUCUUACUACUCUAGAGUUGUGUGGCACUCUAAUAUUCCAUAUCUACAAUAUCGACCCCGAGUUUGUUGUUUUUGACUGUUUUUUGGUUUGGAAAGCAGAGGUUAAUCUGUCCUAGAUCCCAACAGCAGUAGCAGUAAUGGAUCCCUCUCACUGUGAAGAGACUCGUGCUGGAUGUCAUAAUGUACCAAAUCAGUAUUAUCAAAGGAUGAUUCUUAUACAUUCACUGAACGAGACUCUUCUGAGAACCUUAUCAAUAAAACAUAAUUGUUUACUUCAA